AUGGCACCUUCUGCUAUCGCCAUUGACGAAUCCAAUACUACCGUUGUGACCGACAACCAAAUCGAUAAGGUCGAUUUUGUUGACGCCAACCAUGGCGUGGAAUCCGAUGUGACGGGAUUAGCCUCCAAGGCACUGAUCCAGAAAGUCCUCAAAGAGCAGAUUGCUCGCAUCAACGUUGAUACCUGUGAGCCGGGCGAGGAAGAUGCCUUCUACGUGGCGGAUCUCGGAGAAGUAUACCGCCAGCAUCUCCGCUGGAAAAUGAACCUGGGCCGCGUCAAGCCGUUCUAUGCGGUCAAAUGUAACCCAGACAAGGAAGUGCUCCGCCUGCUGGCCAAAUUGGGCACCGGAUUCGAUUGUGCGUCUAGGGCCGAGAUCGACCUCGUCCUAGGGCUUGGCGUUAGUCCGAGUCGCAUCAUCUAUGCCCAGCCGUGCAAGACCAAGUCGUACCUGAGACACGCUCGCAAGGCCGGCGUCAGCUUGAUGACCUUUGACAAUACCGACGAACUCCACAAGAUCAAAGAGUGCUACCCGGACGCCGAGCUGGUGCUCCGUAUCUUGACCGAUGACACUACAAGUGCCUGUCGCCUCAGCACCAAGUACGGGGCCAGUCUGGAGUACGCUGAGGAACUGCUCGGUCUGGCCAAGGCUUUGAAUCUGAACCUCGUCGGUGUCAGCUUCCACAUCGGCUCCGGGGCGAGUGAUCCGAACUCGUUUGGAAAGGCGGUCAAAGACGCGAGACAUGUGUUCGACCAAGCCGGCCAGUUGGGAUUCGAUCUGAAGUUGUUGGACGUGGGAGGAGGCUUCGUCGAUGAAACAUUUGAGACCUUUGCCGGAAAUCUCAACGAGGCCCUCGAGGAGCAAUUCCCGGCCAACAUCCGUGUCAUCGGUGAGCCCGGCCGCUACUACGCCUCCAAUGCGUUCACGCUCGCCACGAACGUCAUCGCCCGGCGCGAAGUCGCGGCCAACCACGAAGGCGGGAAGGCGUACAUGCUCUACCUCAACGACGGCGUCUACGGCAACUUCUCCAACAUCAUCUUCGACCACCAGCACCCGGUCCCGCAGGUCCUUUCCGCCGCCUCCGGCCCCGCCCUCGCCGCGGCGCCCGAAGGCCACCACCAGCGCCACCAGGAGGAGCUGAUCGAAUACUCCAUCUGGGGCCCGACUUGCGACGGCAUCGACGUCAUCACCGAGCGCUACUUCUUGCCUGGUGUGGUCGAGAUCGGCGACUGGUUGUUCUUCGAGAACAUGGGUGCCUACACCCGCUGCUCGGCGACCAAGUUCAACGGUUUCAGCGAUGCCCACGAGGUCAUCUACAUCUCCAGCGAGCCUGGCGCGUCGGCCUUGCUCGGGUAUUGA